GAAAUGCAGUGUGAAAAUCAAACCCUGAUGACUUUUGUCCUGUUGGGGAUUCCGUACCCUCCCGAGCUACAGGUCCCUUUGUUUAUCUUUUUUGUGUGCAUCUAUUUGCUGACCCUCCUUAGUAAUCUCUUGGUCCUUUUGGCUGUCGUGUAUGAACCACAGCUUCACAAGCCCAUGUACUGGUUCCUCUGCCAUUUGUCCAUCCUGGAUAUUGCCACUUCAACAGUGGUGGUGCCCAAGCUGAUAGCUGUGUUUUUGGAAGAUGGCGGUAUCAUCUCUUUUGGAGCUUGUGUGACCCAACUCUUCUUCUACCAUUUUGUGGGAUGCGCUGAAUGCUUCCUGUACACCGUCAUGGCUUACGAUCGCUUCCUGGCCAUCUGUCGCCCACUCCAUUAUGGCACCAUCAUGAACAGCAAGGCAUGCUUUUGGCUUGCUAUGGGAACCUGGAUUGGUGGUUGUUUGCACUCCGCCAUGGAGACAGCCCUCACCUUUCGGUUGCCUUACGGACCAGAUAAUCGAGUGAGCUACAUCUUUUGCGACAUUCCAGCUGUGCUGAAGCUUGCCUGUGCUGACACAUCACUCAAUGAGAUGGUGACCUUGGUUGAUGUGGGGAUCGUUGCCAUGACUUGCUUCCUUCUUAUUCUAACGUCUUAUGUGUACAUUGUCUCCGCCAUCUUGAGGAUUCACAGCCCUGAAGGAAGGCGGCGUGCCUUCUCCACCUGCACAUCCCAUGUCCUCAUUGUAAUGACCUGCUAUAUCCCUCUCACUUUUACCUAUUUGAGACCCGGAGCCCAAGAUCCAGUGGGAGGGGUGGUGGCCAUCUUCUAUACCACAGUGACCCCUUUUCUGAACCCUGUUAUAUACACUCUGAGGAACAAGGAGAUGAAAACAGUGAUCUUGAGACUAAAUAGCAGGAAAGCAUAA